AUAAUAGUUGAGGAUGAAUUAACUAAUUUAAGAACCAAAGGUUUAAAAGCCUGAUAAACCAGUUGUUGCAAAUAAAAAAUAAAUACCAAUACCAGAGCUUGUAUAAACAAUCAAAACAGCCCAUGGAAAAUUACAAAACAUAUAAACUGAUUUUGAAGAAAGAACCAAGAAAUUUAGCAAUUUGACCUCGACAAUGACAGUAAGUUUUGAGUGUAGUGUAUCGAAAGAAAUAAUAAAUUAUGCAGUAUAUUUAAGUUUAAAUAUUAAGGUUUACUUAGCUGAAUGUUUUAAGGGUUACAAGCAUUACGAUUAACAAAUUGAUUUGGAACAAUUUUUAAAAUUAAAUUAUUUCUCUUCAGAAUAGCAACAAACUAAAUAAUUAUAAUGCCCUAUUUGUAAAACCAUCACAAAAUUUGAGAAAAUAGAAUAAGCCUUCUAUCCUCAUCUCAUAACCAACUAUUUAAGAGAAAAAGUAUCAAUUUUUUUUAAUGUAGUGUGGAUAAUUCCCAAGAUAAUUGAUGUAUAAUUUUAAGGACAAAAUAUUUUAUCCAUUACAUAAGGGAAAAAUGGGGAAUGUGUAAAAUUCUUAUUUUGAUUAGAUUCACAAACUAAUGAAAUAAAAUAUAUAACCUUAAGGUUAAUUCUAUUAGAUUGUCAAAAAUUUAAAUGUUAAUUAUAGUUUUCUUUUCUACAAUAAUUGCUCUUUGAGUUAAAUAAAAGUGAUGCUUCCUGUUAGGGGAUUGAAGUGUGCUCAUUUUGAAGUAUAUGAUCUGACUGCUUUAUUAUAUCAUUUCGAUAAAAAAGAAUAAAGUUUUAAAUGCAAAAGACCUGAAUGCAAUUCUAUAAUAAGUUAUAAUGAGAUAUGCUUAGAUAUAGAUUUAUUUAAUAGUUGUUUAAAAUCAUAUAGUUUUACAUUUUCGUUUAUUUAUAAUCAUGAAACAAAACAGUUAGAAGAUAUUUUAGAAAGAGAGAAAGAUUAAAAUUUAUUAAAAUAUAGAUAGUUAAAUGAAUUAUAAGAAUAUUUGAAUUAUUAAUCAAAAAUAUAUAAAAUAGUAGAUUAAAUUUACACAAGUCCUGUUAAUUAAGAAAAUACAGAAGAAUUUUAUACAAAGAAUUCAAUUGAUAAAAUUAAGAAAGAGAAGGUGAAUUUUAUGUUUUGUUAAUUUACUGGUUAGAGAAUCGAAUUGCCUUGUAGAUGUAUAAGAUGUACUUAAGUGUAAACUUGUGAUUUAAGAUUUAUGAGUUGUGUAUUGAAUUAAUUUUAAAAUCCUGCUGAAACAAAUAAGGUACUUAAUGUAAUAAAUUAUUGUCCUUUAUGUAAAAAUCCAUUUACUAAGAAAAUAAGACCAAAAGAUUUAGCCUUAUUUGAUUAAGUAUACGUGGAUGUAAAAAUGAUGAAUUUCUUAACAGUAACAACAGGAUUUGCAAAUAUAACUUAAAAUUAAUUUAUACAAUUUCUUAAUAAUAAGGUGAUAUCAAGGGUGAUAGUAAAAAGAGACCAGGAGUCAAUUUUAAAAGGAAGAAAUGCUAUAAAUAGAAUUUUUUUGAAAGUAAAUUUAUUAAGAUAUAAAAAUAUAGUGUCCAAUUUCAAAAUAAAAAAUUUUAAGACCAAUUAGAGGAAACAAUUGUGUACAUGCUUAACCUUUUGAUUUUGGAUGUGUAGACUUGCAUUAAAAUGGGGAAAUCGAUUUAAACGAUAUGAAAUGUCCAGUCUGCAAUUUAAAAUUUGAUUAUUUCUUAGAAGACCUCUAUUUGAAAGAUCAUUUAGAGAUAUUUUAUGCACAAUAGUUGUAAGAAUGUGAAAUGGCAUGCUUAAACUUAAUGGAGGGCAAACUUUUAAUAAAACCAAAAUUUUAAUGAUUGGUAAUAUUAUAUAUACAUUAAUUUAAAAAUGAU